CCUCGACCUGAGAAAGGGCUCUCAGCCAUGCGGAAUUAUAUAUUUUAAUUUUAAUCUAACAUGUGCAAUUAAGCAUUUAAAUAUUUUAAAUCUAAAUUAUACCGAACUUCUGUAUACAUUUAGCGAGGUGCAACUUGGUCUGUUGCAUGACAAAAAUGAGAGCAAAUCCGACGGUUGAAUUUCCCAUAUCACGUCCAGGGCCGAGAAUUGGGCCCCAAGCCUUGAUAAUAUCCGGCCCGACUAAGCCCAGAGAAAGGCCCCUGACAGCCCACGGCCUGGUUUAGUUUGGGCGUCAAUUCCACGCGACCGUGGCCUGGAUUGGGCGUCGAUCCCACGCGGGCACCGUCUCUUAAAACCAAAAACCCUCCCGAGUAUGCGAGAACCCCCGACCCCGCCUCCCUUCCCUCUUUCCGUCCCCAAAUUCGCCCCCCAAAAGCACCUUCCGAACCCCAAUGGCGAGCUUUAACGCCGCCGGCGCUGGCGCGGCCAACCCCAACCCCAACAAAUCCCUCGAGGUGAACUCGCCGCCCGGAGAUUCGGUUUCCAGCCUGAGCUUUAGUCCCAAGGCGAACCACCUCGUCGCUACCUCCUGGGACAACCAGGUUCGGUGCUGGGAGGUCCAGCCUGGUGGCCAAUGCCAAGCCAAGGCGUCGAUUUCGCAUGAUCAGCCGGUGCUGUGCUCAGCCUGGAAGGACGAUGGUACUACUGUUUUUUCGGGAGGGUGUGAUAAACUGGUUAAGAUGUGGCCGUUGCUGUCUAAUGGGCAGCCCACGGUCUUCUCAGGGCAUGAUGCGCCGGUUAAAGAACUUGCCUGGAUUCCACAAAUCAAUCUUCUUGUCAGUGGGAGCUGGGAUAAGACUUUGAGGUACUGGGACCCUAGACAACCUCAGCCAGUACAUGUUCAGCAACUUCCCGAGCGCUGCUAUGCUCUCUCACUUAGUUAUCCUCUAAUGGCGGUUGGCACUGCUGAUCGCAAAGUAGUUAUCUUCAAUCUGCAGAACCCACAGGCUGAAUUCAAGAGGAUCGACUCACCUCUGAAAUUCCAGACAAGGUGUCUUGCUGCAUUCCCUGAUCAACAAGGGUUCUUGGUUGGAUCAAUAGAGGGACGCGUUGGUGUUCAUCAUGUGGAUGACUCUCAGCAAAGCAAAAAUUUUACAUUCAAAUGUCACCGCGAGGGCAAUGAUAUAUACUCUGUUAACUCAUUGAACUUCCAUCCUGUGCACCAUACAUUUGCAACUGCAGGUUCUGAUGGAGGUUUCAACUUUUGGGACAAGGACAGUAAACAAAGACUCAAGGCUUUUAGCAAGUGCCCAUCACCCAUUACAUGCAGCACAUUCAAUCAGGAUGGUUCAAUCUUUGCUUAUGCGGUAUGCUAUGAUUGGAGCAAGGGUGCUGAGAAGCAUAAUCCUUCUACUGCAAAGACAAAUAUCUUUCUACAUAGCGUGCAGGAAUCUGAUGUCAAAGGAAAGCCCCGUGCUGGAAAGAAGUAGACCUGGGAAUGACAAGUUGCAGAUCGGCGCUCCUAACCUGAUAAUCCACACAAUGACACUAUUUGCGUGCAUGUGUUCAGCUCCUGAUUCUUUAGUGCAUUUCUUCAUCUAUGAGACUAUAAACACAUCCUUUAUGAAAAACAGUUGCCUUUCGCCUUAUGUAAAUGGUUGCUCGUAAUUUGUUGUGAUAGUGCAUUGGCGGUAGUUAACUACUAGUUAUAAGUAACAGUGAUGCUGGGUCCUCACUGAAUCUUAUCCAUUCUGGUACAGUGGUACUGGCUUAAUUGUUUCUCCCCAUCCAUAUUUUCUGGAUCUCCAAAACAUCUGUGUGACGACUGUCAAAAUGCCAUGUUACAGAAGCUUCAUAUUCCCUCCAUUCCAUAAUAUAGACAUAUUUUAUUCUGUUACA